AUGCAUAUUCGGGACAUGCUUGCGAGUAAGGAGGCUGCGGGGGAGCCCAGCAUCUCCUUUGAGUUUUUCCCCCCAAAGACAGCGCAGGGUGUGCAGAAUUUAUACGACCGAAUGGACCGUAUGCACGGCCUAGGUCCCUCUUUCAUCGACAUCACAUGGGGUGCCGGUGGUCAUCUUUCCGACUUGACCUGUGAAAUGGUCAAUGUGGCGCAAUCGGUUUAUGGACUAGAAACAUGUAUGCACUUGACAUGUACCGACAUGCCGCUGGAGAAGGUAGAUCAGGCACUGCAGUCUGCUUACAAGGCGGGCUGUACCAACAUUUUGGCUCUGCGCGGCGACCCGCCCCGAGACAAGGAAACUUGGGAGGCGACCGAGAAUGGUUUCCGAUACGCAAAGGAUCUUGUCAGAUAUAUCCGCGAAAAGUAUGGCAAUCACUUUGAUAUCGGAGUGGGGGGUUAUCCUGAGGGUGCUGAUGACAACUCGGAUGUUGACCAGCUCAUUGACCACCUCAAAGAGAAAGUCGACGCUGGUAGCUCUUUCAUCAUCACGCAGAUGUUUUAUGACGUGGAUAACUUUAUCGAGUGGGUGAAGAAGUGUCGGGCAAAAGGCAUCAGUGUACCGAUCAUCCCCGGCAUUAUGCCCAUCCAGCAAUAUGCCUCGUUCAUCCGCCGAUCCAAUUGGACCAAGACUCGCGUUCCGCCAGAGUGGAUGGAGGCGUUGGAGCCUGUGAAGAAUGACGACGCUGCCGUGCGAGAAGUGGGCAAGCGUCUCAUUGCAGACAUGUGUCGGAAGGUGAUGGCUUCCGGGAUCAACCACUUGCAUUUCUAUACCAUGAACUUGGCACAGGCAACGAAGUUGGUGCUGGAGGAGCUGGGGCUCGCGCCGUCCGAGGAGGCUCCCAUCCAACGAGCACUGCCCUGGCGGCCUUCUCUGGCCCUCGGUCGGAGAACCGAAGACGUCCGACCUGUCUUCUGGCGCAACCGAAACUCUUCCUACGUUGCUCGCACACAAACUUGGGAUGAAUAUCCCAACGGUCGCUGGACAGAUUCCCGAUCGCCAGCCUUUGGUGAGGUUGAUGCAUAUGGCGUGCGCCUCAAGGGUACCAACGAGCAGAACAUCAAGCUGUGGGGCGAACCGAAAUCAGUCAAGGAUCUCUCUGAUAUCUUCAUUCGUUUCUUGGAGGGCAAGCUGGAUCGACUCCCCUGGAGCGACAGCCCAAUCAGCCCCGAGGCCAAUGAUAUCAAGGACCUUCUGAUCGACCUCAACCGAAGAGGAUUCCUGACUAUCAACUCGCAGCCGGCCGUGAACGGUGUCAAGUCCUCUCACCCGAUCUACGGAUGGGGACCCAAGAAUGGUUUCGUGUACCAAAAGGCCUAUCUGGAACUGCUUGUUCCUCCCAGCCUGAUCGACGAGCUCAUUUCUCGCAUUGAGAGAAACGAUGACCUCACAUACCACGCCAUUCGCAAGAACGGCGAGUUGCGUACCAACACCAAUGACAGCCCCAACGCUCUGACUUGGGGAAUCUUUGCUGGACGCGAGAUCAUUCAACCUACGAUCGUGGAAACCGUCAGCUUCUUGGCCUGGAAAGACGAAGCUUAUCGACUGGGUGAGGAUUGGUCCAAGUGCCAUGACUCCUCCAGUCCAAGUCGGAAGCUGAUCCAGGAGGUUGUGGAUGAUUGGUAUCUGGUCAAUAUCGUCGACAACGACUUCCACCGAAACAAUGCCGUCUUCGAGUUGUUCAAGGAACUCGAGGUUCCCGAGCUCAACGUCGAAUUCACCGGCAAGCUCGCAAACAAUGGUUCCGCUGAGCAGAACGGAUCCGCCAACGGUCACUAG